AUGACCGGCAGUGGUAAGUCCCCCGACUCCUCACAGGGCCAGGAGCCCGAGGGUCAGCCUAGGCAGAGCGUUAGGCGGGCACGGGCACAGGCGGGCGGGAUGCCGGAGGAAGAACGUCGGGAACGGCAAGAACGCAGACGUCAAAUAAAAUUAGAGAAACGGCGCCAGGAAGAGGCGGCGAAAGCAGCCGAAGCAGAGGCAGAGGCAGCUGCUGCUGCGGCCGAGGCUGAAGCGACCGGGUCAAAUACGCAAGAAACGACGGAAGAAACGAAUGCAACUGAUCAGGAACCAGCAGAACCUGAACAGGAGCCGGUAGAGCCUGAGGCUACCCAAGAGCAGGCGACCGAGGAGGAAGCCCCGCGAGAGCGGAAGCCCUGGGAAUCAUUGAUCAUCGGUGAUUUGGGAGAGAACUUGAGCUAUAUCGAAGAAAAAGAUCGCGAAAUCGAACGACAUCGAUAUAUCGUCAACUAUUACCAAGAACAUAAUCCUCGCGCGGUCCUCCACAACCAAAGAAUUCUUGAUCAGUUGAUAAAGGAGAGGGAAGAAAUGGAGGACAAUGAAGAGAACAACUUACCCGAAGAUCAAAGGGAACGUACCAACCGCAUUGGCGAGCGUCUAGAAAUCCUUAAUUGGGCUCUCGACACUUGCCAAAACGAUGCCGAAGAAGCCAACAUCCGAGCCGCGAUUGAGGGAUACCAAUCAGGCGAAAUAAGUUACUCACUAAAUUUCACACUUAUAUACGCCGGGCGUAUCGUCGACACUUGUCCCACAUACCAAUCCUUUUGCGUAGAUAGACAAGAAAGACUAGACCUCUACCAUGAAACAUUCGGGGAAGGAUGGUUAUGGCACGAGCCGCCAUUAGCCGGUCCGCAGCACAUAGCGCUGGCGAAGAAAGGCGAAUGUCUGCAACGAGUACACCACCAACAGGACUACAACAUAGGGCACUACCCCAUAGAGCUUCAAUUUUCCGUCGACAAGAAUAAGAUAAGCAGGACGCAUAAGCCUGUGCCUUCCCGACCGAAAGACGAUGAGGUAUCGCUAACAGAUACCGAUACAUCAUGCAUCCUCACGUCGUUGUUGGAUUGCGGAGCAACCUAUCCAUUCUUGCCUGCUUACGACCUCAAGUAUUUGAACGUCGAUUUAAGAUGGUAUGCCGCGCAAGGCGUCACCAAGAUCGCGGGGAUAACCAAUGUUGCCCCGUACAGAUUCUUCGAGAUGUUCGUAUCGGUGCUUUCGAACGCCGGUGACACCUUAGUCGGCGAGGGUGACCAAGCAGUAUGGCCUGACCAGCCACGGGUCCUUGGAGGUUUCACCCCGGUCAUUAUCAACCACAACCACAGGAAUAAAUCGCAUGCCCGCGAUCGCUUGAGUGGUAUGGUGCCCUUUGAUGCGUGUUAUAUCUCUUCGGCGCCUGCAGCGUACGAGUUAUGGAUCGGAGAAGAUCGUCGAGAUGUGCUAGGCGCAAGACGCCUGCCGCCACAUUUACGGCAUAGCCAAUCGAGGUCGUUCGAAAAGAAACCGCCCGAGGAUGGCAAAAGAGACGAACUUGAAGAGCUGCGAGAAGGCCUGCAGACUCCCGACCAAGUAAUAUUCAUACACAACCUCGACAAAGAAAAAUCUGUCUUCAUCGACGCAGAUUGGCCGGGAGUAAGAGGGAAGAGCGAGCUAGCGAUCGCAGCGAGAAAAUCGUACGAACGUAUCGGGCAAAAGCCUCUAAAGAAAGCGCAGAGGAGGAUCCUCGAACCGCGAAAAGGCGGAUAUAAUAUAGAGGACUGGGAUCUUAUGUGGCGAUUUGAUUUUCUAACGAAGGACGAAUUCCUAGAUAACGAUUACAAAGAAGUAGGAGAGAUACCCAAACCAAAACGGUUACGGAGGCGUUGAAAAGUAAAAAUUUAUUGCCGAAAUAUUAGGUAGGCAGCGACUUGCAUGCCAUGUUGAGACUUUUUAUUGAAGGGAA